GUGACCUUUCGUGAAACGUGAAAAUGUCUUGAUGAACUGAUGAAUCGAGAAGAAAAAUCUAUUAAUCAAUAUUCAUCGAACCAAAAUCGACCAAUUUCGCAGUAUUUUGAAUUCAUAUUUCUCUGGCAAAUUGUUGAAAUGGCAACGGAAAACAAUACAGAUGUUUCUGAGAACCAAGAAGAACCUGAUGAACUGAGUCCAAAAACGAAAGCUUUUGCUCCAACACUCGAGAAGGUCUGGAAGCUCAAAUUUGAGAAAGUUCUCGGUAGUGGCUCCUAUUCCCGUGUGGCACGCGCAACUUUCGGAGAGAAAAAGCUCGAAGUUGCAGCGAAAAUCAUCAACAUUACGCCAACUCGUGAAAAAGAGGACUACAUCAAAAAGUUUUUGCCACGUGAAAAAGAGAUUGUCAAGCUCUUGAAACACGAUAAUAUUUGUCGUUUGUACGAGAUGAUUUCAUUUCAAGAUCACAUCAUCUUCGUCAAUGAGUACUGUGCUGGAGGAGAUUUGCUCCGUAAAAUGAAGGAUAUCGUGGCAAUGAAAGAGGAAGAUGCAAAGUUCACAUUUCGUCAACUUAUUGCAGCACUUACUCAUCUGCAAUCCUAUAACAUUGUGCAUCGGGAUCUCAAAUGCGAAAAUAUCUUUAUGGAUAAACAUGGAAAUGUGAAGCUCGGCGACUUCGGAUUCUCGAGAAUUCUGAAACCGGGUGAAAAAUCUGGAACAUUCUGUGGAUCGCGAGCAUAUGUGGCUCCAGAAAUUUUUCGUGGCAGAGAAUAUUCUGGAAAUGCAGUUGACGUAUGGAGUACUGGGGUCAUUCUCUACAUAAUGCUGGCUGGAUCAAUGCCAUUUGAUGAUCGUGACCCAAGGAAAAUGAUCGAGAGACAGUUGGCACAUAAAAUUAAAUUCCCGAAAAGUUGCACAUCAUCGGUCUUUUCGAAGGCUCUGGUCCUUGAGAUUCUCCAGCCACAUGCACCGAACCGUCCGACCUACAAAGCAAUUUGUGAAUCUGAAUGGCUCCGUACUCAACCGUACUACAUGAAACCCAAUGAGCCACCAAAAGUAUUGGCAACUCGAAUUGUGUCACCUGCAACUCCGAUUGUUCCUGUCUCAGGAAAACCGAAAGAAGUCAAGAGACAGCAAGGAUGAACGGCAUGUGAACUUAUUGUGACAGUGAAUAAAGCAUUUUAGUAG